GGGCUGGUGGGACUGGUGGCCGGGGCCGAGGGGGGACCCCGCACCCUGGUGCUUCUGGAGAAUGGCAACCUGAGGGACACGCACUCGCUCUUCUUCCGCAGCCUGGCGGACAGGGGCUUUGAUCUCACUUUCCGGACAGCGGAUGAUGCUGGCCUGUCCCUGAUAAAAUAUGGAGAAUUUCUGUAUGACAACUUGAUUAUCUUCUCACCAUCCAUUGAAGAUUUUGGUGGAAAUAUCAACGUGGAGACCAUCACUGCUUUCAUUGAUGGUGGUGGCAGUGUCCUCGUGGCCGCCAGCUCGGACAUUGGGGACCCGCUGCGGGAGCUGGGCAGCGAGUGCGGGAUCGAGUUUGAUGAGGAGAGGACAGCUGUCAUUGACCAUCACAACUAUGAUAUAUCUGACCCUGGCCAGCACACGCUCAUAGUUGCAGACACUGAAAACCUCCUCAAGGCCCCCACCAUCGUGGGGAAAGCAGUGCUGAACCCCAUCCUUUUCCGAGGAGUUGGGAUGGUGGCUGAUCCUGACAACCCACUGGUGCUGGAUAUCCUGACUGGCUCUUCCACCUCUUACUCCUUCUUCCCAGAUAAGCCUAUUACUCAGUACCCACAUGCUGUUGGCAAGAACACCCUUCUGAUCGCGGGGCUUCAAGCCCGGAACAACGCCCGCGUCGUUUUCAGCGGCUCCUUGGAUUUCUUCAGUGAUGCCUUCUUCAACUCUGCUGUGCAGAAAGCUACUCCUGGCUCCAAGAGGUACUCACAGACGGGUAACUAUGAGCUGGCCGUGGCUUUGUCCCGCUGGGUGUUCAAGGAGGAGGGGGUGCUGCGUGUCGGAGCCGUGUCCCACCACCGUGUGGGAGAACUCACACCUCCCAGUGCCUACACAGUCACAGAUCUCGUGGAGUACAGCAUCGUCAUUGAGAAGCUUUCUGAUGGCAAGUGGGUCCCCUUUGACGGGGACGACAUCCAGCUGGAGUUUGUCCGCAUCGAUCCCUUCGUGCGCACCUUCCUGCAGAGGAGUGGUGGCAGAUACACCGUGCGCUUCAAGUUGCCCGACGUCUAUGGGGUGUUCCAGUUUAAAGUGGAUUAUAACAGGCUGGGUUAUACCCACCUCUACUCCUCCACCCAGGUGUCCGUGCGUCCCCUCCAGCACACCCAGUAUGAACGGUUCAUCCCCUCGGCAUAUCCCUACUAUGCUGGUGCCUUCUCCAUGAUGGUGGGACUCUUCAUGUUCAGCAUUGUCUUCCUGCACAUGAAGGAGAAGGAGAAAUCCGAUUGAGCUCCCUGUGGGAGGAGGAAGAGCCUUUUCCCUGUGGCCAGGCAGGGACGGGCAGCGUGUGGGACCCUCGUUUGUAGCUGUGUGAGGACUGGUAGGUGC